CAAAUCGUGGGUCUCUUUCAAAGAAGGUGGUCGCGGGAAAGAGGGCCUUGCGCGGGCCGGCAGCUGCCGAGAGGCCUCCCGGGCCGGGGACCCGCGGGAGGUCGGGGCGUGACCGGGCUGUAGGGCCGGUCGCUCGGCGCUGAUCUGACGGGAAUCCACUUCAGGAUCGUGCUGCUGCUUCCCCACGUUCUGGAAACUGGGCGCCUUGCUGGUGCUGAGGGGAGCCGCUUUGCAAGAAGAAAGGGACGCUGCCUGCCAGGCUGGCACCGGCACAGAGGGCUGCCAGCCGGACCCCGGGAGGCGGGCUGGAAAUCCUCCGGAAUGAGGGGAAGGGCUGCGCGGGGCGGUGCUCUGGCCGCCCCGGGCAGCUUCCCGCGAGACUGAAUGAAGUUGCUGUUGGCCAAAUUCUUUUGCCCCGCGUUCUUGCUUUCACCGAGGGCUGUGCCCGCAGGUGCCUUUGUGCCAGACAGAUUCAGAUCUUGGCUGUGAUUCAGGAAGAUGGACUGGAUCUGCCACGAUGGUUAAAGCCAUGGCACACGCCUGCCAGGGAAAAGCACCUGCCUGGCUGCAAAAGCACCCGCCUGGCUGCACAUUGUCCGAGGCACCAGCUGCCUUCUUGGAGGGCUCUGCUCACUCUCCCCCUGGUCCCCUUGACCAAUAGAGGCAUGUGCAGGCAGUCCUUCCCUGUGACCAGCCUUGUGCUAUGGAACUCCUUGCCCCUGUGCAUGUCCAGUGAUCCUCCUCCGCCCUACCCUGGGGGGCCAUCUGCACCACUCCUGGAAGAGAAGGAUGGCUUCCCUUUCCCAGCAGAGAGGAGCUCUCCAGCUGUGGUGCAGCCACCUUCCGAUAUUGGCCCCCCACCCUAUGAAGCAAUGCCGCCACCCCAGCCGGGCUUCAUCCCCCCACCUGUGCCAGGAGAUGGCUCGAUGCCCUACUUCCCCCCUGGUGGCUACUAUGUGCCCCCAGGACCGCAUGUCCCCAUGGGCUAUUACCCUCCAGCUGGCCCCUACGCCCCUGCAGGAGGGCAGACGGCAACCGUUCUCGUGCCGUCGGGGACUGCGACCACUGUGACAGUCCUGCAGGGCGAGAUCUUCCAGGCGGCCCCUGUCCCCACGGUGUGCCCGCACUGUCAGCAGGCCAUCACCACCAAGAUCACCCAUGAAAUUGGCCUCAUGAACUUCCUGCUGGGCUUCUUCUGCUGCUUUAUCGGGUGCGACCUGGGCUGCUGCUUCAUUCCAUGCCUGAUCGAUGAGUUUAAGGACGUGACCCACACCUGCCCCAACUGCAAGGCCUACAUCUACACGUACAAGCGCAUGUGCUAGCAGUGCCUGCCGAGCUGGGAGACCUCUGCUGCCGCUGCUGCCGCCUCCCACCACUGGUUUGACUUCCCCAUGUGCAGUGCGUUCUUGCUUCUCUGCUUCCCUUCUUCCUUCACCCAGAGCGCUUCAGGGGC